AUGGACACCAAUUACGCUCCCCUUCUUGCUGAUCCGUUUCUUUAUGUAAAUGAUUCGGAAAUUUCUGCUCGGAUUGGCAAAGUCAAAACAAGGGGCUACUUUCCAACAAGAGGAACGACAUAUCUCACAGAGGAGGUAAUCAGUUAUGGACAUGUCUCUGUGAUUUCAUUAUGUGCAAAUGCGAAAAAAUCCCGUGUGUCACUCAACCACGCUCAUAAAGUCUACAGUUUAGGAGAGCAGAUUCAAGUGCAAGUAGAUCUGUAUGAUUUGUAUGGUAACCGCAAGUUAACGGGAGGUGACGUUUUGAGAGUUUGGAUGGAGAACCCAGAGACAGCAGCUUCCGUUUCCAGUCGGGUGUCGGACCACAAUAACGGAAGUUACACUGCUCUGCUUAGAGCCGCAUGGUCAGGAAGCGCUACGAUUAAGGCAUUCAUUGCUUCGAGGAAGGAGGAGGUAGUUCUCAGCUAUAUGAUAUACCAACAGCAUGGCAGUCUCUGGACAGUGUUAGCUGAAUUCCGGGCAAACAAUCUAACAGAUGCAACAGCGUGUUCAGUUAGACAAGGGAAUUCCUUCAAGACAAACGAGUGGUGUAAUUUCACGAAUGAGAACAAUGGCUACAGUUGGUACUGUAAGAAGUCCAAAAUCAAGCAGUUAACAUGUGAUACGUGGUCACAUUCGUUUAGUGCAAAUGACAACAUGAGCUUUCAUCUUAAUAACACCGAGAGAAGCAUUUUGGAUUGGCCGUUGGCAGCUUUAAAACAAGAUGUUUUACAGAGUUCAGUGAGGGUGUCAGUUGGAGGAGGUCCUAAGGGUGUAAAACUAUCAGCUCCUUCAACUUCCUGCAGUGCGCUUCCAGCGGAAAUGACAUGGCGACGAACGUCCCCGAAUGGUUACUUUCACCAGAACAAGUGGCAUUCGCUUCUGUGUACUGACACACUGCCUCGCACCAUUGAUGCUUACAGACAGUGCUUGAAAGGAAGAAGGCUGUGGCUUCAUGGGGAUUCAACAAGUAGACAGUUUAAAGAAGUUCUUCAUUCAAUUUUACGCUUUCCUUCCCAUUCAGAUCGUCAUGUACCUGUUACUGACACAGAUUUGAUACAUAAAUUUUCAAUUUCAUAUCAUGCUCACGAACUACCGUUCUAUCAUGGACCACGACACUUUAAAAAGUCAGUAAACCAGGCACAGUACAUUAUGGUGGACCGCCUCCCGAACACCACCAAGGACAUUGUAGUGUUAAAUAUGUAUGCUCAUUUCGUGUUUGUCCAUCCGGAUGUGUUUAGGCGACAUGUUCAAAGACUUGUUCCGUCUGUCAGGAACCUCUUGGCACGCGCUCCUAAUGUUACUAUUGCAGUUCGUGGGCCACAUGCAUUUUUCACACCGAUGCGUGGUGUGUUAUCUUACUGGGGUAAUCUGUACACUGAUAUUUGGCAUGAAGAAUUUGCUUCAUUGCAAGACAAAAUUGUCUAUUUAGAUUUUUGGGACCUGACUAUGGCAAAGCCAUCUCAGAAUAUCCACCCAAACACUGCCAUAGUGAAGGAAAUGGUACACAACAUGAUGUCAUUGUUGUGCUUUAGAAAGUGAAGGAAUUGUUUUGUCAUGUGGAUAUAUACUCAAUUGACUGUAUUGUAACACGAGGGUUGUAUUUCUUCAGAUA